AUGACCGCGGAAGUGUACAACGCAGUGUUACUUACAGCAGGAGCAGUUGGUAUAUCAAUGGCAUCGAAAAAACUAUUGAAAGAACCGUUAGGAACCCCAGAGAAUGUAAAAGGAAUGGUAAAGUUAGCUGUCUCAGUUAGCCUCUCAUCUCUACUAGUCUCCUACCUGAAAGAAAAGAAGUAUAUACCAGAUAAUCCAUUCAAACCUAGGUAAGACUAUACAAUGGCGGGAGCAGUAGCAGGAGGACUAUUUAAUGCAUUUGCAUUUGCAGGAGCAGGAUUCUUAUUUAAAAUGUUUGACAAGAAUGGAUACGCUGAGGAAGCUCAUAGACAUAACCUUGCAAUGGAGAACCUAACAGCUGAAAGAGAGAAGUACCUUGAAGAGGUCAAUGAUAGAAGAAAUAGGAUUGCUGAACUAAAGUCGGAACUAGCCGAGGCAAAUAAGGAUAUUAAUUCAACGAAUAAGUCACUGGAACUCGUUAGAAGAAUCAAUGAGUUAACACAUAAAGCUAUGCCAAGAAGGCCGCAGUUAAGUAAUCACUACAAACCUAGCUCUGAGAUGGAAGAAUAUAUGGCAAUCUUUGGUUUAAUUACAGGUGGGGUGGUUGGAGGGGUGGCUUACCUAAUGAUAUAAUACUGUAAAUAAUAUGGUAAAAAUUUUUUACAUAUAUAGUAUAGAGGAAUGGAAUGGUUAGAGAUGGUAACACCUGACGAAAUGGCACGGGUAGGUAGGAAGGCAAAUACACUGGAAGAGUUAGAGGCUACCGUGAGAAAGUACGUGGAGAGUAGAAUAAAAACAAAACAUACAUAUGAUCCAGUAUGUAGUGAAUGUGGUAGUAAGUCUAUUGUAAUAAUAGAUGGAGCAGAUGUAUGCACACAAUGCGGCACAAGUGAUAGGAAUGGCUUUACAUACUAUGUUAGUUACAACCACAACAAGGACGACUAUCUGAAAAAGAAGUCUUGUCAUAACAGAGUCCGUUGGUUCGAGAGACACUUAUUAGAGCAUGUUGCUUCUGGGGAUAGGGAUACCAUAAGGGAGCAGUUUAGAAGCAUCGUAAGAUGUAUACAAAGACUUAGACUGCAAAGGGGGCGCAACAUAGUUAGAUAUAAGUUUUACCUACUGAGGAUAGCCAGCAUGAACAACAUCACGCUGAGAAACCCUCCUGAGGACAUUAAGACCAAAAGAAUUGUGGACAUCCUUGAGAAUAGGUUAUAUGGUAGAGUCUUCCCCGAGUUGGGAUGGAAACCUAUAAAUUGUAAAUAUUAUAAUAACUGGAAAUUAAAUAAUAAAUUAUAA